UCUGCUCGCUGAUUAGCUCUCGAGACAGAGGUGGCAGUAGCCUCACUUUCCCUGAAGACACACGGAAUUAUGUUUAUAACUCUCAGUUUAAGACAUUAACCCGACAGCUGGUGUGAUGAAACACAGUCGAGUCGAGCAGUGAGGUCGGAACACAUCCUGACAGAAGCAGGUAAUGCCAGAUUCCUGUGGCUUCUGUUUUGUAACUAUAGCGAGGAAAUAUUUCACCUCUGUCCAUAAUUCCACUUCAUAGCCCAAAUGGAUUCCUAUCAUUUCCACUUCGAGAGGAUGAGUAACCUUGACCUACACCCUCUGAGUCUUCCGGUCAGUCGACUCUCCCCGGCCAAGUCCACUAGCAGUAUUGAUCAGUAUACCCACCACCACAGCAAAGGGGACUCAGCCUAUAGCUCAUUCUCUGGUGGCUCCACAGUCCCUGAUUACCCUUCUCCUAUUCUACUGGACGAACUCCAGUCGCAAAGCUUGCACUACUCCGAUCUGAAAUGCGUGAAAGCUAAAUAUAGCCCAACCGGUCUUGAUUCAGAUUCCAAGAGCAUGGACCACAUUUACCGUUCCAUGGAAACCGUUGCACAGCAGCAUCACAGGAGCAGCGGUGACUUUUCUAACGUUGAAAAUCCGUCAGUUCAUAUGCAUCCAUUACCACCCCCACCACCUCCUACGCGUCUGAACAGUUUUGUAACAACCAGGAACCUUGAAAACUCAAGGGCACGUCAGAGUCCAGAAGGACAACUUGCUGACAUUUCUACUUCACAACAGACCAGUAAUCCAGAGGUCUCUAGUGUCCGGACUGAUGGUCGCACAUUUUCACAGCUUAAAGAUCACCUCAAGCAAGACCCAGGGGAACAAGAUUCUUGAU